AUGUCCGUGUCGUCAGUAUCCAAAGUCUACACUGAUGUGCUAGCGUCAAAGCCGCAGAUGUACUGGGACUAUGAGAAUAUCAACAUCAAGUGGAACUCGCAGGAAAAGUACGAGGUGAUCAAAAAACUCGGCCGAGGGAAGUACUCGGAGGUGUUUUUGGGCGUGGACUUGACCACGGGAAACAAGUGUGUGAUCAAGGUUUUGAAGCCGGUCAAGAGGAAGAAGAUCAAGCGGGAAAUCCUGAUCUUGAAGAACUUGGUGGGUGGCCCCAACAUUGUUGCAUUGUUGGACACGGUCCGCGAGCCUCAGCUGAAAACGCCGGCUCUUAUCUUUGAACAUGUCGACAACAUCGAUUUCCGCACGUUGUACCCGACUUUCACGGAUCACGACAUCCGCUUCUACAUGUACGAGCUUUUGAAAGCGCUUGACUACUCCCACUCGAUGGGCAUCAUGCACAGAGAUGUGAAACCUCACAAUGUGAUGAUCGACCACAACCGCAAAGUUUUGAAGCUCAUUGAUUGGGGGUUGGCUGAGUACUAUCAUCCAGGAACAGAGUAUAAUGUGCGCGUGGCGUCGAGGUACUUCAAGGGCCCAGAGUUGCUCGUGGAUUUCCGCUUGUAUGACUAUUCGCUUGACUUGUGGUCUUUUGGCUGUGUGCUUGCGUCGAUUGUGUUUAAGAAGGAGCCAUUCUUCCAUGGCAAAUCCAACACUGACCAAUUGGUGCAAAUUGUGCGUGUUUUGGGCUCCGACGAGCUCCACCGUUAUUUGCAAAAGUACGAACUUACGCUUAGCGAGGAAUACGAGGAUUUGGGCUACUACAACAGACGUCCUUGGAAGCGUUUUAUCAAUGACAACAACAAGCACCUCGUGAGCGACGAGUUUCUUGAUUUCAUCGAUAAGCUUUUGCGCUACGAUCAUCAGGAGAGACUUACCGCUAAAGAGGCGAUGGCGCAUCCUUAUUUUGAUCCAAUCAGACCACAAUAA